AUGAUCCAUGGUAUUGGACAUUCUAAGCAAAGCAAGGAAAGGUUUAAUAUUACAAUUGUGUAUGGGUUCAAUGAAGACAGCAAAAGAAAGCAGCUAUGGGAGGAUUUAAAAGAAGUCUCAGCUCAAGUGCAGGGGCCAUGGUUACUAGUUGGAGACUUCAACGACAUCUUGCUCUCUAAUGAAAGAGUUGGAAGGAGAAUCUUCUUACCUGAAGGUACUUUUGAUCAUAGCCCCAUCUUAGUUUCUUUACACCAAGAUGUUGUUUGUGGGAAAAAACCUUUUAGGUACUUUAGUAUGUGGAAAGAUGCUGAUAAUUUUGAUGAGAAAGUAGCUCAAAGCUGGAAGGAAGGAGUUGUAGGAACUGAUAUGUUUAAACUGACCACGAAGUUGAAGAGAUUGAAGCAGGUACUCAAGAGUAUUAAUAAGGAGGGCUUUAAUGAUCUUCAACAGAAAGCAAUCGAAGCUAAGAAUGCCUUACUGGAGUUGCAGGGCAGAAUCAAUAAUGACCCUCUUAACAGUCACCUUCUGUUCGAGGAACAAGCAGCCAGGGAGAAGUUUACUAAGAUGUCUAAAGCCUAUUCUCUUUUUUUAGCUCAAAAAGCUAAAACUUCUUGGGCUAAAAAUGGUGAUGAUAAUACAGCCAUAUUUCAUGCUUCUUUGAGGGCAAGGAGGACCCAAAAUCGUGUCUCUUCCAUAGAAGAUGAUCAGGGUAAUUGGUGUGAUACACCAGACAGUGUCCAGCAUGCAUUUAUGCAAUUUUUCCAGCAGCUGUUAGGCUCUCAAAUGCAUCAAAGAACUUCGGUAAACCAAAGCAUUAUUGAUCUCGGACCAAAAAUCACGGACAGACACAUAAGUAUUCUCCAAGCAGAUUUUACAGCUCAAGAAGUAAAAGAGGCAAUAUUUGCUAUUCCAGGUCUGAAGUCUCCAGGUCCCGAUGGCUUUGGUAGCAGCUUCUAUCAAGAUAACUGGAACCUAGUAGGUGCUGAAGUUGAAAAAGCAGUGUUGUCCUUUUUGAACACAGGAAGACUUCUUAAAGAAAUCAAUGCUACCACAAUCACCAUCAUUCCAAAGAAUAGUUGCCCACGAAAUGUAAGUGAUUUCUGCCCUAUAUCCUGCUGCAAUGUUAUCUAUAAAGCUGCAUCAAAAAUGAUUUGUUCGAGAUUGCGGAGAAUUCUCCCUGAUUUAAUUGCUGAAAAUUAG